AUGGCUGCAGCUCGCGCCAAGCUCGCGGAAUUGCGCGCUCUGAGAGCCUCCGGAAAGAAACGACUUACCACAUACGAAAUUGAAGACGAGGGAGACAUUUACGAUGAAGUUGAUGAGGAAGGAUACAAGAAACUUGUGCGAAAACGGCUGGAUCAAGAUGAUUUCGUUAUUGACGAUACUGGCGAGGGAUACGCUGAUGAUGGACGAGAAGAGUGGAACGACUCCAGAAGCUACUACAGCGACAGUGACGGCGACGAGCUGCCGUUGAAGGGAAAGGCUGCCAAAAGGAAACGAGAGGAAGAUGAUCAGAGGAAGGAGAAGAUUAAUAACUGUAUUAGUAAAUACUUUAACACAGGGCCAGCGGCCAAGGCUACUUCAAAGCCAAAGCCUGUUGCUUCGGCUGAAGAUGAAGCCUUCAUGGCGGAUCUACUAGGUGAAGUUGAUGCGAACCCUCUCCCUUCUCGUGCUCUCCCAAAGAAGGCUUUGAAAUCCGAUACACGGCGAAAAGUUCACAUCAUCUCACCACCUCUUUCUCAGGAGACGGCCUCCAAAAGGACUAAGGGAAGAAAAGAACACCCAUCUAGUCCUCUCGUUGUUCCCAAGGCGGAAGUGGAUCUGGAGAAUAAUCCUGCAUGGCUGGAUGCUGAGGAUGAUGGCGACAUUCUCAUGAGUGACACAGUACUAUCGUCACCAGUCGUAAAAGCUGUCCAGCGGGAAACCACGAGUGAUGUGAAGAUGGAGGAGGAGGAAGAGGAAGAAUUAAUGAUAGUUGAAGAAACAACUGCCCAUCAUGAAGCGAAUGCUGCAAGGGUUAAUAUAACAGGCAAACGACCAGCGCCAAAAAUUAAGGAGCCGACAUAUCCAUCUCCUGCGUGCUCCUCCCCUUCCAGAGCCAAUGAUGAUGGUAUCGACCCUUCGACAUGGAACGAUGUCACGAGCAAAUUAAACGUUUUGAGCAGCCCCGCAGCUUCAGACUUUAAGACAUUUGGUAAACUUGCGGCUCCGGAUGCGGUCGAAGAGGAUGGAAGUCUCCUGUUCUUCUGGCUAGAUUAUGUCGAAAUCAACGGCAACCUAUGUCUUUUCGGGAAGGUUAAGAACAAAAAAUCGGGGAGCUAUGUCAGCGCUUUCGUUAAGGUCGACAAUAUAUUGCGAAAGCUGUACUUUCUUCCUAGACAGUAUCGGGUACGUCAUGGCUGUGAGACAGAGGAAGAAAUUGACAUGGAAGACGUCUAUAAAGAGGUGGCUGAGCUGAUGUCAGCAGCAAAAGUCACCAAGCACAAAAUCAAGGAAUCCGUUCGAAAGUACGCCUUCGAACUUCCGGAUAUUCCCAAACAGGCGACAUAUCUUAAGCUUAUGUAUUCCUACGACAGCUCCCCUUUGCCCGUCGAUGUUAAAGGGGAAACCUUCUCUCACGUUUUUGGAACCAACACUGCGCUCUUCGAGCAGUUCGUGCUUUGGAAAAACAUCAUGGGUCCUUGUUGGCUAAAGCUCGGAAAUGCGGACUUUACAGCAGUCAAUGGCGCAUCCUGGUGCAAACUAGAAUGCCAGGUCUCGCAACCUAAGCUUAUUACCGUUGUUCCUAACUCAGAUAGCUUGGAAAGCCCACGGCUAACUCUCAUGAGUUUGGCAUUCCGAACGCAAUUAAACGUCAAGGAUAAUAAGCAGGAAAUUGUUGUCGCAAGCGCACGUGUUUAUGAGAAUGUGUCACUUACAGAUACAACGCCUCCCGAAAAGCUGCCUUGCAAAACAUUUACAGUGAUGAGGCCCUCUGGUUCUGCAUAUCCCAUUGGAUUUGAAGCCGAAACUCGCAAACACCGUGGCACGUUUAUGCUUGAGAAGAGCGAGCAAUUUCUCCUAAGCAAGUUUAUGGCCCUGUUUGAGAAGAUGGAUCCGGAUGUCCUCAUGGGCCACCAACUCCAGGAAGUCGAUUUCAACAUUCUCCUUAACAGACUAUCUGAAAAGAAGACUCCUGGUUGGCAUCGCAUUGGCAGAAUGAAAAGGAGUGAGUGGCCGAAAAAUCUCUCUCGAGGUGCAAGUUUCUUCGCGGAAAGAAAGCUUGUAGCUGGCAGAUUGCUUUGCGAUAUUGCCAAUGACAUGGGAAAGUCUUUGAUGGUAAAAUGUCAAUCCUGGAGUUUAACGGAGAUGUGCCAAUUAUAUCUGGGAGACGGGAAUACCCGUCGAGAUAUCGACAACGAAGUGGCGUUGAAAACCUGGGCAACAUCAAAAGAAGGACUUAUGAACUACAUCAGCCACUGUGAAGCUGAUACUUAUUUUAUCGCCGCACUCGUUCUGAAGCUCCAAAUGCUACCCUUAACUAAAGUGCUCACCAAUUUGGCCGGAAACUCAUGGGCCAGAACUCUUAGCGGUACCAGAGCUGAACGGAACGAGUAUAUUUUGCUGCACGAAUUCUAUCGGAACAAGUACAUUUGCCCUGACAAGUAUGCCGGCAAAUAUCAGCAAAUGUCGCAAGCCAACGAAGAAGACGAGGAUGGAACGGGCAAGAAAAAGAAGGACAAAUAUAAGGGUGGUCUAGUGUUUGAACCUGAGAGGGGACUGUACGACAAGUAUAUCCUGGUUAUGGACUUUAACAGCUUGUAUCCCAGCAUUAUCCAAGAGUUCAAUAUCUGCUUCACAACGGUGGACCGUGCACUGGUGGCUGAAAAUGAAAACGAGGAAAAGGUUCCUGAAGUUCCUACGGAACAAGCUCCAGGAAUUCUUCCACGACUUAUUGCUACUCUUGUCAACCGUCGACGUGAAGUUAAGAAGCUGAUGAAAGAUAAACGUGCAUCUCCAGAGGAUCUGGCUCUUUGGGAUACUAAGCAAAUGGCCCUCAAACUUACAGCCAACUCUAUGUACGGGUGUCUAGGUUACACACAAUCCCGAUUCUAUGCUCGAUCGCUUGCCAUGCUUACGACCUCCAAAGGUCGCGAGAUUCUUCGAAGCACAAAGGAGCUUGCGGAAAGUAAUCAACUGCAGGUUAUUUACGGCGACACUGACUCCGUGAUGAUCAACACCAAUGCCGAUAAUAUUGAGGAGGCUUUGAAAGUUGGAAACACCUUCAAGCGGUUGGUAAACGAACGGUAUAAAUUGCUAGAGAUCGACAUUGACAAUGUCUUCCGCCGUCUCCUACUUCAUGCAAAAAAGAAGUAUGCCGCUAUUAACAUGACUGAGGUUGAUGGAAAGUAUGUCGAUCAACUCGAGGUCAAAGGCUUGGACAUGAAGAGACGAGAAUACUGUGCCUUAUCCAAAGAGGUGUCAUCGAAACUUUUGAAUGAGAUUUUGUCUGGUGAUGAUCCAGAUGUAGUUCUUACAAAGGUUCACGAUUACUUGCGUGAGCUCACAGAAAAGAUGAAGGAGUUCGCAAUCCCUGUUCAAAAAUAUGUCAUUUACACGAAACUGUCCAAAGGUCCCGAUGAGUACCCGAACAAGGAGACAAUGCCCCCAGCGCAGGUGGCUUUGCGUGAACUCGCUCGAGGGAAAACCGUUCGUCCAAACGAUGUUAUUUCUUACAUUGUAACCAGUGGAGAUUCCAACACGUCGUCUCUACCACCUGCCAAACGAUCGUACACACUACAAGACGUGAUAAAGCCCGAUUCUGGCCUCAAACCCGACGUUGAAUAUUAUCUCCUGAAACAGAUCUUCCCGCCAAUUGAACGUCUUUGCGCCCCAAUACCCGGCACAGAUGCCGUCCGCCUUGCUGAAUGUCUUGGUUUGGAUGUUAGAAAAUACCAAAUCAACAUCUCCAACACUCGAGACCAACAGAACAUGGAGAUAUUCCCUCUAGAAUCACAAAUCCCAGAUUCCAUUCGCUUCAAGGAUGCCUCACGAUUAACACUUCGUUGUCGAUUCUGUCACGAACGGACAUUCUUCGAGGGUCUUUCCUCGUCAGCAGAGAUGUGCACUGCCAACGGGCUUGUGUGUCCCAAUACGGCCUGCGGAAAGCCCUUCAACAUUAUAUCCAUAGUGGCACAACUUGAGAGCCAGAUACGCGCUCAAACCGCCAAGUACUAUGAAGGCUGGCUAGUUUGUGAUGAUCCUUCGUGUGGAAACCGAACACGCCAGAUGAGCGUGUAUGGUCGUCGCUGUCUAGGUCCUCGUGGACGCGCAGAGGGCUGUCUUGGCCGUAUGGGAUUUGAAUAUACGGAGAAGCAAUUGUAUAACCAACUGCUGUAUUAUGCUCGUCUGUGGGAUGUAGACAAGGCAAAAGUUGCAGCUGACAAGGAACCUGAUCCUGAAAAACGGGAGAAGAUCAUGGUCAUGGUUGAGUGGAAUCGGGCGCGGUUUGGAACAGUUAAGGGAGUAGUAGAUGCGUAUUUGAAGAAGUUUAACUACCUUUUAACUACACUAAUCUUCACCCCGCUGAUCUCAAUGAUAUGGGGACGCAAGACAUAUCCCAUCUCAAUAGGCAAUAUGGCGCCAAAACGUGUACUUUUAAUUGCUGGUUCAGACAGUUCUGGUGGAGCAGGCCUUGAGGCUGAUCAGCGAACACUUGCUGUUCAUGGCUGCUAUGCUCUCACAGCUACAACGGCGUUAACGGCGCAGAACACACUGGGUGUCCAAGAUAUCCACAUUGUCCCUGUGGACUUCGUGAGGAAACAAAUCAAUGCAGGAUUAGAGGAUGUUGGGGCGGACGUAGUGAAGUUGGGCAUGUUGGCAUCUGCGGAAACGGCUGAGAUGGUGUCUGAAAUUCUGCUGCAUCAUAAGGUCCCAGCAGUCGUCCUUGAUCCAGUUAUGGUCUCUACCAGUGGCUCAAAGCUACUUCCCACUGAAGCCACAAAUAUUGUUCGGACAAAACUUCUACCACUGACAACCAUCUUGACCCCGAACAUUCCCGAGGCCGUUUUCCUGCUCCAGAGUUCAAGGGAGGAGGUCAAGAAUCCAGAGAAUCUCGAGGACGCCAUUGGACUGACAAAACAGCUCCAUACCCUGGGGCCCAAGUAUGUUUUACUAAAAGGUGGUCAUCUGCCAUUAACUUCCAAUUCCCAGAAGGCCGUAUCGGACCAACAAUCGUCAAAGGUGGUCGAUAUUUUGUAUGAUGGUGAAGAGGUAACGUUGUUUGAGAAUGAUUUUCUAAAGACUAAGAACACCCAUGGGACUGGCUGCUCGCUUGCUUCUGCGAUUGCAGCGAAUUUAGCCAAAGGUUUGGAUGUGGUGCGUGCUGUUCGUGCGGCGUGCAGGUUUGUUGAGGCGGGCAUCAAGACGAGCGUGGAUAUGGGUAAGGGGAGUGGGCCGAUCAAUCACUUCCAUUCCGUGUAUUCGCUACCCUUUGCGCCCGGUCGAUGUCUAGAAUAUGUGCUGGAUCGUCCUGAUGUUCAACGUGUUUGGAAAGCCUUUACGGAACACGAGUUUGUAGCUGGUCUUGGGAAUGGAACACUACCGGUUGACAAGUUCAAGGGAUACUUGAUCCAGGAUUAUCAUUAUUUGGUUCAUUUCGCGCGGAGCAAUGCGCUUGCAGCAUCGAAACAUUAUGAUAUGGAGGGGAUAUCUAUGUCUGCGCAAAUUGUGCUUCAUAUUCAGCAUGAAAUGAACCUGCACCUAGAUUAUUGCAAAUCCUUUGGACUAUCAAAGGAAGAUAUCGAAAACUGCAAAGAAAGCCAAGCCUGCGUUGCCUACAGUAGAUACAUUCUCGAUGUGGGCCAAUCGGAGGACUGGCUUGCCUUGCAAGUUGCUUUUCUGCCCUGCCUGAUCGGGUACAGAGCCAUUGCCAAACGGCUACAUUGUGAUGAGUCCAGCGUCCGCACGGGGAACAAAUAUUGGAAGUGGAUAGAAAACUACGUUGCGGACGAUUAUACGAAGGCUGUAGAGACGGGGUCCGCACUUCUGGAGAAGCGGAUGAGAGACGUGUCUCCUAGCCGGGUGGAGGAAUUAAUCAAGAUAUUCAUUCGGAUUACGGAGCUGGAGAUAUCCUUCUGGGACAUGGGGUUGAAAGGGGAGUAG